UGUCACGCGCCCCGUGCUCGCGCCCUCGGGGGGAGAGAGGAAGGAGAGCGGAUGAGAGUGAGAAGAGGGGGAUUAAUGAACAGUCCGUGAGUGGAGCCCGGCCUGGGAGGGGGGACACAUUACCGGUAACCACGGCCUAUGGUACGGCGCGGGAUCUCCCGGUCACAGCGCCCAGUGCAGGACACGACAGAGCGGAGGGAGUCGGGAAGAAGGCGUGUGUUCCUCUCCGGGAGAGGGUGAACUAUUCAUGCAUCAGUCAGAUACAGCACAACAGCAAUGGAUGACAAAUCUCUGCAGAAACCCAGUCAGCCGUGUACAGCUACACUGAAUAGUGAAGACUUUGUUUUGGUACCACUGCAAGUGGAUUCAUUACCAAGCACAGAAGACAACCCGCAGCUCAAGAUUAUGGCAAAUGGGGAUGAACAAUUGGAAAAGGCCAUGGAGGAGAUCCUCAGAGACUCGGAAAAGGCACAAAACCACUUACCUGACGGUGAAAAUGUCAUAGAUCUGAGUUCCUUCCCAUCACCUAGCGUCUUCUCUGAUGUUGUCUCCAAGAAACCUCCACUGACCUUAAUUCUUGACCCGUCCAAUACAGAAGUUCCAGUUCGAAAAGACAGUGAUUCAUCAAACCCUACAGAGGAAGAAAGUGUUUUAUUUCACAAACUGUCAUAUUUAGGAUGCAUGAAGGUUUCCGCCCCACGGAAUGAACCUGAAGCUCAUCGCGCCAUGGCUUCACUGAAAGCACAGUGUCUGAAUCCUGUCACUGUCACUCUCUAUGUUCCCAAUGUCCCUGAUGGCUCAGUUAGAAUUAUUGACCAAACCAAGAAAGCAGAAAUAGCCUCCUUCCCAAUCUACAAAGUGCUAUUCUGUGUGCGAGGGAACGAUGGGACAUCCGAGAGCAAUUGCUUCGCUUUCACAGAGAGGGAUCUUGACACAGAUGAGUUUCAAAUCCAUCUAUUCAGCUGUGAGAUCAAAGAGGCAGUAAGUAGAAUAUUAUACAGCUUCUUCACAGCCUUCAAGCGCACAUCCAAGCUAUCCUGUGAUGUCAAGGACUCCGCUGUCCCUUUGCCAGACAGUGAUGUAUUCACAUUCACAGUCUCCUUAGAGGUCAAAGAGGACGACAGCAAAGGAAACUUCAGCCCAGUACCGAAGGAUAGAGACAAACUGUUUUUUAAACUGAGGCAAGGUGUGGAGAAGAAACUGGUGGUCACUAUCCAGCAAGUAUCCAACAAGGAACUAGUUGUGGAGAGAUGCUUUGGAAUGCUUCUCAGCCCUGGCAGAAAUGUUAAGAACAGCGACAUGCAUCUAUUGGAUAUGGAGUCUAUGGGGAGAAGCAAUGAUGGAAAAGCAUAUGUGAUAACAGGAAUUUGGAAUCCUAAUGCACCAGCCUUUCAAGCGCUCAACGAGGAAACACCCAGAGACAAACGCGUUUUCAUGACAGUUGCAGUAGAUAUGGUGGUCACAGAAGUGGUGGAACCGGUUCGUUUUCUAUUGGAGACUGUUUCCCGCGUCUACCCCACAAACGAACGGUUUUGGUACUUCAGCAGGAAAACCUUUACCGAGACCUUCUUCUUAAAACUCAAACAGUCUGGAAGGAAAGGUGCUGGAGAGUCGAUAUAUGAAGUUGUAAGUUUGCAGCGGCAGUCUGAAAUAGAAGAAGUUCCCACUAGCCCAACCAGUACAGGUGGGUUGUUGACUCCACAGGAAGAUGAAGAAGCAGAGGAAGAAAGUGACAGUGAACUCUGGAGCGGCACUGGGGAUGUGUCCAAAGACUGUCCUGAGCAAAUUCUGGAAUGUUGGGGCCAAGUACUUGGCAAAUGGCACAGCAAUCUGAGUGUGAAACCAAAGGGGUUAUCUUCGUUGGUGAAAAGAGGAGUGCCCGAGGCUUUGAGGGCUGAGGUUUGGCAGCUGCUCGCAGGCUGCCACGAGAACCAAGAACUGUUGGAGAAAUACAAGACUCUCAUUGUAAAAGAUUCUGCCCAAGAGAGUGUGAUCAAAAGAGACGUCCACCGCACAUUUCCCGCUCAUGACUACUUCAAGGACACAGAAGGAGAAGGACAGGACUCUCUUUACAAGAUCUGCAAGGCGUACUCCUUGUAUGAUGAGGAUAUCGGCUAUUGCCAGGGGCAGAGCUUCCUAGCGGCUGUACUGCUUCUGCAUAUGCCAGAAGAACAGGCGUUCUGCGUGCUGGUAAGGAUCAUGUACGAUUAUCAAUUUCGCAUCCUGUACAAGAAUAACUUUGAGGAUCUUCAUUGCAAGUUCUACCAGCUGGAGCGUUUGAUGCAGGAGCAGCUCCCGGAUCUUUAUUCCCACUUUGUAUCGUUGAAUUUGGAAGCUCACAUGUAUGCCUCUCAGUGGUUUCUUAGUCUCUUCACGGCCAAAUUCCCACUUUGCAUGGUCUUCCACAUAAUGGACCUUCUUCUUUCAGAGGGUCUGAGUAUAAUCUUCCAUGUUGCACUAGCUCUCUUAAAGACAUCCAAAGAAGACCUUCUUCAGGCGGACUUUGAGGGGGCCCUAAAGUUUUUCCGUGUCCAGUUGCCAAAACGUUACAGAGCAGAGGAGAAUGCCCGAAGGUUGAUGGAACAGGCUUGCAAUAUAAAGGUGCCAACCAAAAAACUGAAAAAAUAUGAGAAGGAAUAUCUGGCUAUGCGAGAGAGUCAGUUACAACAGGAAGAUCCAAUAGAGAGAUACAAGAGAGAGAAUCGCCGACUGCAGGAAACCAGCAUGAGACUGGAACAGGAAAAUGAUGACUUGGCACAUGAACUGGUUACCAGCAAGAUCGCCCUGCGCAGUGACUUGGACCAGGCAGAAGAUAAGGCAGAGGUUUUAAAUAAGGAGCUUCUACUGACCAAACAGAGGUUGGUUGAAGCUGAGGAAGAAAAGCGUAAGCAGGAGGAAGAAACUGCUCAGCUAAAGGAAGUUUUCCGGAAACAGUUGGAAAAGGCAGAGCAGGAAAUCAAGAAGACAACAGCUAUAAUAGCAGAGUACAAACAGAUAUGUUCCCAGCUAAGUACCCGGCUGGAAAAGCAGCAGACUGCAAGCAGAGAGGAGCUGGAGAUGGUCAAGGCCAAGGUUAUGUCUUGCAGCCACUGCAGUGAGAUCUUCAGCAAGGAAGGGUCACUACAGGGGGCGGGAAUGGAAAAGUCAGGUGACGGAAGCGAUGAUGAGAAAGAUACGCUCAUGAAGCACCUGCGGGAGAUGGAGUUAGAGUUGGCACAGACCAAACUGCAACUUGUGGAGGCCAAAUGCAAAAUUCAGGAACUUGAGCACCAAAGAGGCGCUCUUAUGAACGAGAUCCAAGCUGCCAAAAACUCCUGGUUUAGCAAAACCCUGAACUCUAUUAAAACAGCCACAGGAGCCCAGCCCACCGCACAGUCCCCACAGGGAGCUCAGGCCUCGAGCCCUACCCUGCAGGCUCCGAAAGACAGUACAUAGCACCGACAUGGGGCACAUGAAAAGAGCACAAGAUGACCAAACAGGAAGCAAACAAUGCAGGACAGGAGCUCCACCACCUUCGCGUUGCCUUCUAGGAACGGUUACUACAUUUUAUUCAUCACCAAUGUGCCCUUCAGGCUUCAAACCUCCUUGCACCUGGUCCAUUCCGCUUCCUGAAAUCUAACCUUUCUUUGAACAGCGGCCACUUUUACACUUUUUCUUUUAAGGACUUGUAUUAUUUUAGUAUAACAGUGCCCAGGGCUCCAGAUCGUGUGUGCGUGUUUUGUAAGUAUAAAUAUGUUGCUGUGGAUAUUAUACAAAUGUUUAUAGAAAUGCAACUUUCCAUAUUUGAGUGAGAAUUUUAACAUAAUGCUGCCUAUGGAAAUGCUAAAUAUUUCUUUGUUUUUAUUCUUCUCAUCUGUCAGCGGGAUUUUGCUCCCUCGGACGCAGCAUUGUAUUCAAUGCAACUCGUUACUUUUAUUAAUCUGCCACAAAUACAGAAAUUGCCUAUUACUGUAAUAAAAGUCAUUGGCACA